CCCGGUAGUUCCCGGCGCCGCCAUGAGCGCGGCCCGGCCCGGGCUGAGGCGGCUGCGAUCGGCCGCGGGCAGCGGGGGGAGCCAGACGCAGGGCAGGCCCGGCGUCCCACGGCAGAGCAGGAGGAGGAAGAGCGUGGCCAUCGCCUAUGAGGCAGGGCAGGGCGAGGGCGCCGAGCCCCGGCGGGCGCGCUGGGAGCCUCCGCGCUGGCGGGAGCAGCUGCAGCACAUCCGGGACAUGAGGAGCAGCAGGGAUGCUCCCGUGGAUGAGAUGGGAGUGCAGACGUGCUACGACAGCAGUGCACCUCCAGAGGUGAUGCGCUACCAGGUGCUGCUGGCCCUGAUGCUGUCCAGCCAGACCAAGGACCAGGUGACGAGCGCUGCCAUGCUGCGCCUGCGCCGGCGCGGCCUCAGCGUGGACAGCGUGCUGCAGAUGGAUGAUGAGACCCUGGGCCAGAUCAUUUAUCCCGUGGGCUUCUGGAGGAACAAGGUGAAGUACAUCAAGCAGACCACAGCCAUCCUGAAGCAGAAGUACGGGGGUGACAUCCCCAGCACUGUGGAGGAGCUGGUGCAGCUGCCAGGAGUUGGGCCCAAAAUGGCCCAUUUGGCCAUGCACAUUGCCUGGGACAGCGUGGCUGGCAUAGCUGUGGACACCCACGUGCACAGGAUCUCAAACAGGCUCAAGUGGGUGAAGAAGGAGACCAAGAGCCCUGAGGAGACCCGGGUGGCACUGGAGGAGUGGCUGCCCAGGGACCUCUGGAAGGAGAUCAACUGGCUCCUGGUGGGCUUUGGGCAGCAGACCUGCCUGCCUGUGAAGCCUCGCUGCAGCCAGUGCCUCAACCAAGACAUCUGCCCAGCUGCCACGAGACUCUGAGGGAUCACCCAGCCUUGGGAGAGCUGCUUGGGCAAGCUGGGCCUGGCACAGGGCUGAGCAGCUCCAGAGAACAGCCACUGGCAAUGGCUCAGCUCUCCAGAGGAAAAAGGGGCUUUGAGGGGCAGCAAUGCUGCUGGGACACAGCUGAAGGCUCCAGCCUGGGUGGAUGGCUGAGCACAGCCCAGCUGUGCCACACUGAGUCACUGGAGAGAAAAGCUUUUUUCCCCGGGGACUUGCUGCUGCUUGUAAAUACUCGUUUAAUAAAGGUGGUGAGGGGUUUUUUUGCA